UCGCCUUCUCCGGAUCUUGCGGGUAGCUCGCAUGCCCCUGCCCUCGCCCGAUGGGCAUGACCUUUCUACUCUGCGACACGCGCCCGCCGUGCACACCGCGGCGAACCUCAGACAGGCCAUCUUCUGUUCCUGCGCGCAGAGCGCCCCGCACCCCGGACCGGACCGCCGUGCACCCCUGCGCAUCUGGUGCCACAUCUGCCUAGCCAUCUGCCCGUUAAUCUUGUGCGCGAGAGCCUGGGCGUGGCGGGUCCGCGCCGCCGCGCUCGAUCGCAACGUCAUGCGCUGCACCAUUGAACGACCCAGGACGGCCCCUGCAGCUUCGACUUCGUGGGCUAUGAAAUCUAGGAUCGCCUGCGGGUCAUAUGGUGCGUUCUGGCCUGGACUCCUCGGAGUCGUUCGUCUGCACAGUGCACUCGUGGCGGGGUCGCGUACGGCAGCACGAGCUCGGAAGCGGACGCGGAGCACACAGAAGGAGGGGGGUGGCGUCAUUGACAUAGUGCCGCUGAGCCAGAACACAGUUUGCACACGGAUAGCUUGGAACAGCGGCCGGGAGUCCGAGUCGUGGUUGGACGACGACCGGCCCCGAUCACGGUUCUGCGAAUUCGUGCGGUGGGCAUGGUUCGAGUUCGCCGUGUCGGCGUUCUGGCUUCUCGGUGACUCGAUGGCUACUGCCCCCACUUGAGUCUCAUUGUAACUUGACUGGUGCGCGGUACGCACGCCGGCCCCUGUUUGCAGCCCUAACGCAUCUCCACCAGGGCCAGUGCGUGGCAGGGCGGGGCUUGGAGGUGUAGGUUCCUGUCGGGC